UUCCUUCCUCUCGAUGUUUUUUCUUUCUUCCUAGUUUAAAUUCAAGAGAUUUAAUUGUUAAACUCUUGAAUUAAAACUUAAGAAAGUUAUUUCUCAUCACUUCCAUAUAAGAAAACCAAGAAAACUUAAAUCUAUCUUAUUCUCUUCCUUUGGCCAAGUCAUUGGGAAUUCAAGAAGAAGGUUUUUGGUUCUUCAAUGGUAAUUUGAUCAUGGGGCUUGUGUGGACAAGUUAGAGGGCCAACAAUUGGUGGCCUAGCUCCCUAGAUUAGGUGGUUGAAUUUGAUUCUACGCCUAAGAGGACGUGAAUGAAGUAAGGGAUGAAGAAAAUAACGAGAAAGAGGAAGAGUAAUUUGGGCUAAGAAAGAUGAAUGUUAAUUAAUGUGUUGAAGCAACCAAGGAAGGAAGGAUAAGCCUAGCGUUUCGGCUACCAAGCAAUGGCAACAGCAAGUGCAAAUGGAUUUGCUAGUUUUGUCAGUGAAAAGCGAACAGAAGCUAAUUUUGAAAAGUGGAAGGAAUGCUUGAAACACUACUUGAUUGGUCAAGACUUAGGGAGUGUAGUGUUUGGAGAGGAAGAAAAACCCCAAGAAAAUGAUUCCAACUACAAGGAUUGGGUCAUGAAGAAUUCUAUGGCUUUACAUGCCAUUGAAACAUCUUGUGGGGCAGAUACCAUUUCAAAUUUGAUGAGGAAGUACCCAGAUGAAGUUGAUUCUGCCAAAUUUGUUUGGAAGCACUUGGCCGACAAACCCUCCACGAUUAAGCGCUACAAGGAAGAAGAAACAUCAAGCAUCCUUCAAUACAGAUCCCUAUACAAAGCUAUAGAAAAGGGAGAUUGGGAUAAAACUAAAGAUUGUCUAUCUGGGAAUCCUAAUGAUGUUAGGACAAAGAUAUCAUUGAUGGGUCUUAAUGCUCUUCAAGUAGCUGUUUUGGCUGGAAAAUUGAAGAUUGUAGACGAGUUGGUGAAGUUAAUGUCAGACGAAGACUUGGAAAUGACAUCCAACUAUGGUAAUACAGCUUUCACUCUUGCAGCCUUGAUUGGAAGGAUAGAUAUGAUGAAAAUCAUGUUGGACAAAAAUAAAAAUUUGGUUACUAAAGGAAAUGAUUACGAUGGCUGUCUUCCAAUUGUCAUGACUUCUUUAUAUGGCCAAAGAGAAACUAUACAUUAUCUUCUUCAGAGAACUCCCAUUGAAUAUCUCAGUCCACAAAGUGGUGAUAAGAAUGGUGCCACACUUCUAAAUUGCUUGAUCAGUGAUGGGCUUUAUGAUGAAGCACUGCGUCUACUGAAGAAAGAGGGGUACCGACAACUCGGUUUUAUGGAGGAUUUUAAUAGAAAUUGUGCUAUAAAAUUGUUGGCUAAGAAAAGUUCAGCAUUUCUAAGUGGAAGUAAUCUUGGAUUUUGGAACCGAUGGUUAUACUCUUGUGUUCCCAACCUCUAUCAAGAUGAUAUUAGUGCUCCAGAGCCCCGUGAUGAGGAGAAUGUCCAAAUCCCUUGCAAGCAAAAUUCAAGUGAUGGGAGAAGCACAAGAAAACAAGUUGUGAACCUAGCACAUGGGCUUCUUUGGAGAAUCUUAAAACAUCUUGUCCCUGAAAGCAUAAAAGAUAUGAAGAUGAGACAUGCUCAAGCCUUGCACCUCCUCAAAUUGCUAUUCAAGGAAAUACCAUCAAUAAGAAAUGAAGAACUCAAGAAUCUUAGGUUUAAUCUAAUAGUGUAUGAUGCAAUUAAGAAUGGUCUAGUUGAGUUUAUCCAAGAGCUAAUCACAUCUAACCCUGAAUUAGUAUGGAGAGUUGAUAACAUGGGAAGAACACUAUUUGCAUAUGCAAUCCUACUUCGUCAAGAAAAAAUCUUCAGCCUCAUAUAUGGAUUGGGUGAAAAGAGACGCACAAUAAUGACAAAAAGAGAUGUAUUUGGCAAUAACUUCUUACAUUUGGCAGCUAAGUUGCCUCCUGCUUUUCAACUUGAUCGAGUUCCUGGCGCAGCACUGCAAAUGCAAAAGGAAUUACAAUGGUUUAAGGAAAUAGAGAGCAUGGUACCAACAAAGUUCAAGGAACGAACUAAUGAAAAUGGUCAUACGCCUAAUGCUUUAUUCGCCAAGGAACAUGCAGAGUUGAUGAAAGAAGGUGAGAGAUGGAUGAAGAAUACCACAGCUUCAUGCAUGGUUGUGGCUGCUCUUAUUGCCACUGUUGUGUUCACAACAGCAUUUACAGUUCCUGGUGGCACCAAUAAUGACACAGGCAUUCCUAUAUUCUUGGGCUAUGAUGCAUUCCUGAUAUUUAUCAUUACAAAUGCCUUAUCACUCUUCUUUUCCAAUACUUCUGUAUUAAUAUUCCUUGGUAUCCUCACUUCACGUUAUGCGGAAAAAGAUUUCCUCAAAUCGUUACCCCAAAAACUGAUAAUUGGCCUUUCCACUCUUUUCUUCUCUGUAGUAACCAUGAUGAUAGCCUUUGGCUCAAGCAUUUUUAUUUUGCUCCAAAAACGAUUGACUUGGAUUGACAUUCCACUCACUAUUCUUUCCGCAGUGCCCAUUGCUUUCUAUAUAUUUUUUCAAUUUCCACUCCUAUUUCGGAUAGUGAUCAACACUCAUAAACACAGCUUAUUUGAUAAGCCCAAAGAACAACUUGCAGAAGAAAAUUUGUCUGAAUUGGGUUUAGAUUUAGCUGCUGAUGAACAGAGUUGACUUGAACAGACUCGCUUAUGUAUUUUAUUUGUUCUAUGUGUAGUUUUGGCAAUAAUAUGCUUACUUUCUCAUUGUUUCA